AUGAUGAAGAAAUCACUGCGGGACAACACUGACCAAUAUGAGACUUUACUCGAACUGAGAAACACGCCACGCCAGGGUACUGGACAAAGUCCAGCUAAAAUGAUGUUUGGUCGAGCAACACAAUCAUUCCUACCUGCCAUAUCGAACACAAAAUCAGAACGGGCGAGAAAUGCAACACAGAAGAGAGCCAGACACCGCCUUCUGGAUAAGCAAAGUUAUGACAAAGGCGCUCGAGACCUGAAACAACUGUCACCUGGUCAGCCGGUGUACUACCAACACACAGAAGGAAAGAAGUAUGACUGGAGAAGAGGAAAAGUACGUGCUAAACAUAGUGAACGAUCGUAUAUCAUUGAAGGAAAGAAUGGUGUAUAUAGAAGAAACCGAGUUCAUAUACGCCCCACGACAAGUGAAGUCAACAAAGAUAACAGUAAAGACAACAAGGGAGAAGCAGAGGUACAAGCAAGACCACAACGAGCAAGACAAAAGGUCCACUGGACGAAAGACUAUACAGUAUGUUAA